AUGGUCCAUCUUGCAACCCUUCCUCUGGAAAUCUUACAUGCCAUAUGUGCAAAUCUCUGCCGUCAUUGCACCAGUGAGCCCGUUGAGCCCGUUGAGCCUGGUGAGCGCGUGGAACAGUACGAGUUAUGUUUCAAAGGGGCCGAGGCUUUUGCCAUGGACAAGACCAAGACCAAGACCGCGGCAUUAUCUGCCAUGAUGCUGACGUGUAAGACUCUACGAGACAUUGCUCAGCCGUACCUGUAUCAUUAUCCCUGCGCCCGCGCGCCCGCAGUAUCCAAACUGCUACUCCGAUCUCUCAUUGAGCGUCCAGACCUCGCCCAUUACAUCAACCAGCUGUCCGUGUUUGACAUGCAAUGCCAAACACUCGAAGGCCACUUACAAAUCCUGCUACGCGUACCAGAGCAUCGAGAUCGCAGCAAAGAGGAAAUAACCCAGUCGCACACUCGAGAGUGUCACUGCUAUCAUAACCCCCUGAUCCGCGGAAAACGCGUCAAGUUCGUCAAGAUCAAGUACGACUUCGUUACAGCGUUCACUUCCCUUAUUUUACCCUUUGGCACCGGCCUUCAAAUUCUACAUCUCGAAUUAGAUGAAGACCGCGAAUUUCCCUUUUGUGAACCUGGGUCAUUUCCGCGACUGAAGGAACUGGUUGUGAAGACCUGGCGCGGAUCGGACCCCGCAGACAUCAUGGUCAUUGCGUCUAUAUUCAUUGCGGCUCCAGCUCUGGAGCGUCUCGGGGGCCUUCGAAUCUGCCUUGCUGAGUGGGAGGGACCUCGAACACCGAUCCAUGAAGGCGUCAAAGAGAUAUGGCUUGAACGCUGUGUGGUGAGCCCCGAGGGGGUUACUGCACUUUUGGGUCUAUUUACCAGGCUAGAAGCCCUCACUUACGAGUCAGACGGUGUCUAUUCACCCCCAUCUCUGUCGAUAAUUAGUGACGCUUUGCUGGUUUGCCAGGACCUGCGGUUUCUAUCACUCGACUUUACCAACUGCCAACACGGGGGCGAAGUUUAUCCGACAGACCAACCGGGCGGUGGUCUUGCAGAGCUGAAGAAACUGCAAAAAUUACGUAUCAAAGGGUUGUCCCUGUUUAGUGAGGAAGAGUGGCCGCGGACAGGUCUUCCUAUCAAGAUCUCCGACUUGCUUCCGACCUCAAUCACUGAGCUUAAAGUGACACACCCAGGACGCAUGAUUUUCGAUGAUAUGCUUGAGCUCUCUGGGGUGGCAAGCCAGAGAUUUCCGUUGCUGAAGCAUGUGUCAAUUGAUGGGAUUGAGCAGGAGUGGGAGGUUUAUGACUGGCGUCGACAAGCUUGCAUGGGGCUGGAGAGGAUUAAUAAGUUGCGCCAAGCGUUUAGACAGAGUGAGAUUGAGCUCUCGACGGGUGAUUUUAGAAAGUUUGUGGGAUUUUGCUGA